UCGUCAGUAAAUAUGUCAGGCGAUAGAGACACAUAUCGAGAAAUUUUGACGGAAAAUACGUUUGCAGAAAUACACAGGAACCACCAAAACACAAUGAUUGGCUCUUAUGGUGACCUCGAUGGCAUGGAAAAGGGUGAUGGUGUGCGAAGCCACGAAUUGCCUCUAGAAAUUGGCGGAAGGUACAUGGUCAGGCGACCCGACACCACAUGGCAUCCUGCGGAGGUGAUUCACACGCGCCGCACAGAGACGAGCCAUGGAGAACCCAACUACGACUAUUACGUACAUUACGAAGGAUUCAACCGUCGGCUGGACGAGUGGGUGACGCGCGAGCGUGUGAGCGUCUCGCUGCUGCUUGGGGGCGACCACGAGAAGCAGAGCGUCGCGCUGAAGCCUCCGCAUCAGUCGCUCGACGAGCCGGAACGCAAGAUCACGCGCAACCAGAAGCGCAUCCACGACGAGAUCAACCAUGUGCAGAAGACGUACGCCGAGAUGGACCCGACGACGGCCGCGCUCGAGAAGGAACACGAGGCCAUCACAAAGGUGAAGUACAUUGACAAGAUCCAGAUCGGCAAGUACGAGAUCGAUACGUGGUACUUCUCGCCGUAUCCGGAGGAGUACGGCAAGCAGGCGAAGCUGUGGAUCUGCGAGUACUGCCUCAAGUACAUGCGUCUCGAGAAGACCUACAGAUACCACCAGGGAGAGUGUACGUGGAGACAGCCGCCUGGGCAAGAGAUAUACCGGAAAGCUACGAUAUCUGUAUAUGAAGUUGACGGCAAGGACCACAAGAUCUACUGCCAGAACAUGUGCCUGCUGGCGAAACUCUUCCUUGAUCACAAGACCCUCUACUUUGACGUCGAACCGUUCCUCUUCUACAUUCUCUGUGAGGUGGACAAGCAUGGCGCCCAUCUAGUCGGCUAUUUCUCCAAGGAGAAGGAAUCACCAGAUGGUAACAACGUUGCCUGCAUCCUCACACUCCCUCCAUUCCAGCGCAAGGGAUAUGGAAAAUUCCUCAUUGCAUUCAGUUAUGAGCUCUCGAAACUAGAGAGCACUGUCGGCUCUCCUGAGAAACCACUGUCGGACCUCGGCAAACUCAGCUACCGCAGCUACUGGUCCUACGUACUGCUGGACAUCCUUCGCAACUUCAAGGGAAACGCUCUGUCAAUACGUGACCUCAGCCACAUGACGAGCAUCACGCAGCAGGACAUAAUGGAGACGCUGCAGUCGAUGAACAUGGUCAAGUACUGGAAGGGCAACCACGUGAUCUGCGUGACGGCGAAGCUCGUCGAGGAGCAUCUGAAGAGCGCGCAGUACAAGCGGCCGCCGCUGUCCGUCGACCCGGAGUCGCUGCGCUGGUGUCCGCCGAAGAAAGGCAAGAUGGUGAAGCGGUGAGC